AUGGAAUGUUGCGGGGUCGGUGGCGACAAAUAUUUUGCCGAUAAGCCCUCAAGUCCCAAGAAAAUUAGGAAACUACACCCGUCCCCCAUAAUUGACUCAAAUUUCUACACUCAAGCUCUUAAAGUUCUCUCCUUCCACUCUCCCUUUGAUUCUGAGGUCUCUCAGACUCCUUUAGCUUCUAUUUUGGGUGCUAAUACUAUUCCCAGUGGGGUGUCUCAGAACUCGGAUAGUCGGAAAAGGCAAAAGAAGCCUCAUUUGGGUUCGGAGAAGAAAUCGUUGUUCUCGGGGAGGUCACGUGGAUGCAACAUUUGGGUUGAGACCGAGGAGUAUUUUUGUGAACUGAAUGUGGACGAUGUUGAGAGGCUCCACAAGGUUUCAAAUGUCAGGUAUUCCGGUGACGAGAAGUUCUUCUUCGUUCCUUCAUUGUAUAAUAAUGACAGUGUGCGCACUCGUUAUGAAGUUCUUCUUUGUUCUUCUUUGUUCCUUCAUUGUAUAAUAAUUCAGCAAAUGGAUUUGAAGUAG